GGGGCGGAUAGUCUUGAUUUUCUCUUCAUCGUGCUUAGCCAAUAACUGUUGUGCACAUCUCAGCUGGCAGACAUUUAAAAGGGAGACAGUCCGGCGCUGGAGCAAUUUGUAUUAAACCCCCCCUCUGGCCCCUGUCUAUGGAGCGCUUAGUCUCCCACCCAUCCCCAGUCCCACUCGUGUUCAGCCGACAGCAGUAGGUGUCUUAUCACCGCGGAAGGUGCCGCAGAGGACUGACAGGAUCAGAUCAUCGCGCUUGGAGAAGAGGAGACUCGUACAGGAUGGCCAACUCGACGCGUAUCUUCUGCAGUAUGGUUUUCAUCAUUGGACUGCUAUCCUCUCCUGUGGAUUCAAAAAGAAACCGAGGUUCACAAGGCGCCAUUCCUCAUCCUGACAAAAACAACCCAAACGAAUCGGAGCAGCAACCGCAGCCUCCGCAGGCGGGUUCCGGCUCCCGGCAGAGGCCCGGCGCAUCCUCGCCGGCCGACGAGGUGCUGGAGUCCAGCCAGGAAGCUUUACAUGUGACGGAGCGCCAGUAUUUGAAACGAGACUGGUGCAAGACGCAGCCUCUCAAACAGACAAUCCACGAGGAAGGCUGCGUCAGCCGCACCAUCAUCAACCGCUUCUGCUACGGACAGUGCAACUCCUUCUACAUCCCCAGACACAUCCGCAGGGAGGAGGGUGCCUUCCAGUCCUGUUCGUUUUGCAAGCCCAAGCGUUUUACCACCAUGACUUUCACUUUGAACUGUCCGGACCAGCAGCCACCCACCAAGAAGAAACGCAUCCAGCGCGUCAAACAGUGCCGCUGCAUAUCCAUAGACCUGGACUAAACACACAAUAAUGAGUGGUGUGUGUUUAAUAUCGCAAUUCUUCGAGGACAGGAUUGUUGGUAGAAGGGGGGAAAGUGUUUUUGACUGUCACACAGCCAAGAGCACGUGCCUGUCUCCAUCUGGAGAAGCACCGCAUGAUGACUUUCUCUUGUUGCACAGCGUGUGAGCAAAUAUGGACAUGCAACUUAUUAAAACGACUUUGAACCGCGACAUUUUUACUCCGCACCAGUUUCUAAACGAGCAUCACUGCACGGAAACGCUGACUUGGAAUGGGCACGUUUUACGCACGGCUUCCUCAUCCCGCUAGGACUGCAUAACCCGGGUUUUAUUUAAUAACUCACCGCUCCAAACACUCGCUGUGGCAGGGAAACAUUUCUGUCCAAUUCUGUAUUUUACGUGUUUAUAUAUAAAUAUAUGUUUCUUGAACUGGAUGUUUCCACUGUGUGGAAUUUGAUGGAUGAAUGGCUUCAUUUGUAAAUGAAAAAAAAAGUGAUUUUAUUUCGAUAUUUCAAGAAUCUUUCAAGAUUAACCGAAUUGAUUUCUGUGAAUUUCGAAGUCCAUCAGUAAAGUUUUUUUUUUCUAAAUAGGGAGCCUCCUCAAAUAUAGAGACAAGAGGCUCCUUUGGUAGUUUCUACGGAUAAUGUACAGUGAUGGUUUCUACAGUGACGAGAUUAAAUAGUGGUAAAAUGUAAAGCCAUCUUUGAUGUAACCGGUUUGUUUACUCAUUUGAUUAAAUUAUCCACCAAAAAAUAAAUAAACGGAUGCUGGAA